AUGGCGGCUGCCUCUGGACUACAUUUCCCAGAAGGCCCCGGGGUGGGUUUUCCCCUCCGGCGCGUGCGCAGUAGGGAGCGCGGUGGGGGGUCGGGGGUCCCGGCCUGGUCGCCUCAGGACGGCCAUGGAGCGCCUCCUCCGCCCCCGCCGGCGUUGUCCCCGCCGUCCCCGUCCGAGCCCGGCGGCCCCGGCUGCUCCGGCGCCCGGAGCCCGGACGGGCCCGCCCGGCCGACCCGCCGUCACCAUGGCGACGGCGACGACGACGACGACGACGAGGAGGAGGAGGACGAGGACGACGACGAUGAAGACGAGGAGGAGGAAGGCCGCCGCUGCCCGCUGGGGCUGCAGGCAGGGGGACGCCUCGAUUCGGAGGAGGACGACGACGACGACGACGAGGACGACGACGACGACGACGAGGAAGAAGAGCGAAUGAUUAAUCUCUCCGAGCUGACCCCCUACAUCUUGUGUUCAAUCUGCAAAGGUUACUUUAUAGAUGCCACCACCAUUACAGAGUGCCUUCAUACAUUCUGUAAAAGCUGCAUUGUAAGACAUUUCUACUACAGCAACAGAUGUCCAAAGUGCAACAUUGUAGUUCAUCAGACACAACCUCUUUAUAACAUCAGGUUGGACCGACAGUUACAAGAUAUAGUAUACAAAUUAGUUAUCAAUCUAGAGGAAAGAGAGAAAAAACAAAUGCAUGACUUCUAUAAGGAACGAGGUCUGGAAGUGCCCAAACCAGCUGUACCCCAGCCGGUUCCUGUCAGCAGAGGAAGACCGAGGAAAGUCUUGGGAUCGGUUUUCCGAAUUCCACCAGAACUGGAUAUGUCUCUCUUACUGGAGUUCAUUGGUGCUAAUGAAGGAACAGGACAUUUUAAGCCACUGGAAAAGAAGUUUGUGCGAGUUUCAGGAGAAGCAACAAUCGGACACGUAGAGAAAUUCCUCCGGAGAAAAAUGGGUCUUGACCCUGCUUGUCAGGUAGACAUAAUAUGUGGAGACCACUUGUUGGAGCAUUAUCAGACACUAAGGGAAAUCCGCUGUGCUCUAGGGGAUGGAGCAAUGCAAGAUGGCUUACUUGUGCUUCAUUAUGGCCUCGUGGUCUCUCCACUCUAAUUAGCCUGAAGACUGUGGAGAUAUCUGAAGGUAAAGCCAUGUGACUUCCACUUCACCAAAGACUGUCAUGUCUCAACUAGUUGCCACCACUCUGUGCUGUUCUGGUUCUAACGGGUUGUUUAAUUUUGCAUCAGUAAGAACCAUCUGCAAGUACUACUAGAAAUGAUGGAAUGCAUUUGGUCAACCGGAGACCAAGUGUGAAGAGCAGUAGUAACUCAGGGAGGAAAGAUUGUCAAAACAUUGACAUCUGAAAUUUCCCUGUGAUGUGACAGAUUGUUCUAGCAUAGUCUUGAUUUGUAUUCUCAGCUUUAGCUUGAAGCAGACACACUUAGAAUUUUCUUCUCGAGUAGACCAUGAUCCUGUUUUUCAAUUUCAGAUGGGUUGGGAUUCUGCUCUCAGGGAUAGCAUUUGAUAAACAUUCCUCCCUUUAGGAAAGAGAUGUGUUCAUCUGGAAAAAUGGCACAUCAUGGUUUAAUUUGGACUUAGAGAUUUUCAGAUCUUUUCGAAGGUCCUAAAUGUCAGCUGUAUGUUUUUUAUACCAUAUCUUGAUUCCUAUAGAGGUAAUGAAUGGGAUCCUUCUAGCACCAUGGCUGCUAAUUUAGUCAUGCUACCCCGAGCAUCUCACAGGUGUAGUCAGAGGUGCCACCUCUUCUAAAAUCGUAAGCAUUGAAUUGUUUUAUCCAGCGUGUGGUCCCCGAUGCCUUUAUAGGGCUACAGCUCAUCAAAGUAUGAUCAGAAAUGAAAGUCUUCAAAGGUCCAUGCCCAAUUAUUUCCUCCUAAGAACAAAUUAAAACACAAAGAUUUCCAUGAUUUCACUCUACGGAUACGCAUUCCAGAACGAUCCUUAUGGCAGAAGACGGGAUGUCCUGAAGAGGGUGUGUCCAUGGAGUCACUAUGGUAGGAAACUAUUCAAUGGCAUUUGAAGAAGAUGAAGAGGGUGUGGCGAAGAACGUGGGUGCUCAUUCACGUAUUAGGCCAUUAAGUUUGAAAACCAACACUUUACGAGGAUACACUUCACCUAAAGUAACUCUUUGUGGUGCUAUGAAAAAUGUAAAUGACUCUUUUGCAACCCAAAUUAUAAAGUUUAUUUUUGAAAUUUGUAUAGAGAUACAGUAAUUGGAUGUGGAUGUGGUAAUUGGAUUUGGAAAAGGCUGUUCUGUAAAGAAUUUGUUCAUGGUGUGAAUAAAAUGUCUUGUAAUACUUAAAA